GCUGUAGAUCAUGAAGAAACGAUCAGGGUGCUAAGCAGGAGGAGCCGUGUGCAGCACAGCGCAAUCUUCAACCGCUACAAGGAUAUCUACGGCAGGUCCAUCACUAAGGAUCUCCUCAAUCACCCUACAAAUGAUUACCUGAGUGCACUUCGUGCAGCCAUCAGGUGCAUCAAAAACCCUAACCUGCAUCACACAAAGGUUUUGCACAAUGCAAUCAAUACAGUAGGGACUGAUGAAGAUGCUCUGACCUGUGUGAUUGUCACACGAACAAAAAAGGACCUGAAGACGAUCAGUGAGCUGUAUCUCAAGAGGAACAAUGCGAGUCUCGAUCAAGCCUUAGCGAAAGAGACAUUAGGGGACUACAAGACUUUUCUUCUAGCCUUGCUAGGACAUUAA